AUGAUGGUUGACACGAAUGUGGUGGUUCCCGGCGACGUUGUGAGCUCGGAUUCCUCCUUUUUACUUCAAGGCCAUGGCACUUACGUUUCUGAUAAACAACUCAGAGCCAGUUACCUGGGCUCAGUUAAACAUGUGAACCAGCUGGUUUACGUAGAACCUUUUGGUGGUAAAUACGUCGGACAAAUCGGAGAUAUCGUUAUCGGUGUUGUCGACAGUAUUCAGGGCAACAAGUGGCUUUUGGACGUGAAUUCUGUCGAACUUGCUCAGCUAUCAAUCCUCCAAGUAAACACUGAAGAGUUGGCGAAUCGUCGGAAAAUUGACGAGGAUAUUUACGAAAUGAGUAACUUGUUUAAUGUGAACGACAUUGUUUCCUGCGAAAUUCAGCGCAUUUCAUCCACUGGCACAAUCAUGCUCCAAACUCGCACCAGUAAAUACGGGAAGCUUGAAAAUGGGAUUCUCGUCAAAAUUAGGCCCAAUUUAGUCAUUAGGAAGGGCAAGCACAUUUACGACAUGGUUUGCGGGUUUUCAGGGUAUAUAUGGCUCACAAGUCAAAGGGCCCAUGAAUUACUAAAGAGACAAGACGACUCUCUUGAAAAGCAAAAUUUCAUUACUCGGGUUUGUACAAUCAGGAGCAUCUUACUAAUGUUUUCCUCCAAGCUCAUUAAGGUAAACUUUGAAGUGAUUGAGAAGGCAUUUAAUAUCUACUCUCACCUCUUCCCUGAUAGUUGUAACUGUCGCAUGAAGCCACCAUGUAGCAUGGUGGUGAUUAAAACAGUACACCUAUGCCCGGGAGGUAAUUUAACAAUCAAGUAUAAAACUUUAGAAUUAUAUGCACUUUUACCUUUGUAUAUAUAUUCAAAGAGUAGGAGAUUAUUAAAUUAA